CUUUAAUGCACCAAAGAAAUCCAUGCCAAAGGGAUGUAUAUAUAGAGUGCCUCAUAGACUACGGGAAGUCAAUAAAAAUGCCUAUGAACCAAGUGUGAUUUCUAUUGGCCCCUAUUACUACAAUUGGGAACACUUGUGGGCGAUGGAAGCUGUGAAGCAGCGAUGUUUUCAGAAGAUUCUCGAGCAAAACAACCUUUCCGUCGACGAUUUCAAAAGAGCCAUCGCACCCUUAGAUGCAAUUGAGCAAUUCUAUGAAGAUUCUCGCUAUGGAUAUCAUAUGUUUGAAGAAAUGGUGAUACGUGAUGGAUGCUUUAUUGUUCAACUGAUCCGGAAAGUUUAUCCAGAAGACGAUAUUUUGAACUUUGGACGUAUUCAAACUGACAUCCGUGUUGAUUUGUUGCUGCUCGAAAAUCAGCUUCCUUUCUUCGUGCUCUUCAAGUUGUACGGCGUGAUUGUGCCGAAUGCCGGAGUAGAUAUUGCUGCGUUCGCCGACAUGGCUUUAAAAUCUUUGUUCGAUAUCUCCUUCGACUGUCCUCUUAAGAACGAUAUCUUCCAUCUUCUGGACUUGGUACAUAGUUGUCAUCUUCCUUCGCCUCAAGGAAUAAAAGUCCACAAGGAUUUCAAAGCAAAAGCAGCAGCAGGGGCAAGAGAAGCAAAACCCAAACGCUUGUGGAAUUUCAUACGCUGCGCAACAGAGCUGGAAGAUGCAGGAAUCAAAUUCGAGAAGACGGAGAAUCAGAGGAAAGGGAUAGACUACUCUUUCGAUAUAAUGUUCCCCAAAGGCACCAAUGUGCUGAGGAUUCCGACCUUAACCGUCAGCGAUUCAACGGAACGUACAUUACGUAACUACAUGGCGUACGAACAGUUCGUAUCAAGUGGGGAACCGACUUAUUUCAGCGAUUACGUGUUGUUCAUGGAUAACCUCAUCGACACAGGCAAGGAUGUGCAGUUACUGUGUAACAGUGGAAUCAUUGAUAAUUGGUUAGGGGAUGACGAAGUCGUUGCCAAGAUGAUUAACCAUCUUGGAGACUCCAUUUAUUAUUCACAAGAAUUCUACUAUGCUGAGAUAUACUGCAGGGUGAAUAAGCACUGCCAGAGAAAACGAAACAAAUGGAUGGCAGCAUUGAGGAGAGAUUAUUUUCACAAUCCUUGGUCCAUCAUAUCGUUUUUUGCUGCGGUUGUCUUGCUCCUGCUCACUUCACUACAAACUAUAUUUUCGGUUCUCUCUUAUUAUAAGCAGUGAGAUUGAAGAAGCCAAAGUCUAUUCAAGUAGACCUCUCGAAACCUGCACUCUUAAGAUGGUAUCACGGUUCCUAUUCCUGUGGAGUGAUGAAAUGGAUUUCUUCAGCUUGGUUUCAUUCCUAUUCUAUGCGUGACUUUAUCUUUAAGUUGUCAUCUUUUUUCCCAGGUAUUAUCAGUUUAUGGUUUUCUAGAUUGAUUGGAAUUCAUAAUGUGUUUCUGCUUAAGACUUUUGCAUGUAUUUUCAAAUUGUUGGUGUUUUAUUGAA